ACCAAAGAAGUUGAAAAUACUUGCGCGUGGAAAUUUCAAUGUAAAACUAUACAUUUACUGCAAUUUUUUGUCAUGCCAGAUCAUUUAAUGUUUUAUACAUGUAAGACAUUGUCGCUUUAUUUAUUUGUUUAAAACUGUCGACUUUUGCCGUAUUAGUUCAAUUUUUGUGCACUAGUUCGGCGCAUGCGCCAAUCACUCAUGUGGGCAUGCACACGUGAUCUCCCGGUGCAUCGUAGGGAUAUACGAGUGCUAUAUAUCGGCAGCACACACAUGGUUUUCAUUUUAACUCGUUUCAACUGUGUAGUUUUGUCAAAUUUGAAUUUAAAGUGCAAAAGUAAUACAAUUUAGUAAUAUUGUUUAAAUAUGGGGAAACUUAAGAAGCCAAAAGUCAGUAAGAUUAAGAAAAAUAAUCAAAUAAAGAACAAACUCACAAAACAAGGAAAACUUAAGACUCGGAGAUACAAAAAAAACCAACAAACUUCUUUAAAAGGGACAAGUAAAGGCAGAACACAAUCAGGUAAAAGCGAGGUCUUCGAAAAACAGAGCAAAGAUGUAAAUGACAAUCAAGCAGAAAAAUUAUAUGAGAACAAAAUAUUAAAAUUUAUGGAAGAGGAUGCUGGAAAAUCAUUUCGCUUAUUGCUCCCUGUGAAAACACGGAUAGGAAAAGUAGAAAAACGUCUUCUUCCAAAAGAUGAUGACAUUGCAGACGAGAAAGAUGAUAAAAUUGCAAAUGACAGUGAACAGAAACAAAAUAAAGAAGACGAACAGGAAGAUAUUAGUGACAUGGAAAUUGAUAUGGAUGCAUAUAACAAUUUGCAAGAAGAGACUGAUAAGCUGACAGUUUCUACUGUGGAACUUCUGGCAGCUCGCAAAGAACUGUUACAGUCUACACGUUUCAAAAUAGGAAUAUUAUCAAGUGGUAUCUUGGAAAAUCCCGAGCAGAAAAUAGGAAAUCUCAAGUUGUUGUUAGAUAUGAUGGACGAAAAAUCUUUUGAGAUUUAUAUCACUGUGAGAAAACUAGCAAUGGUGUCUCUUUUAGAAGUCUUCAAAGACAUACUACCGUCGUAUAGCAUUAUUCAAAUUUCUCAAGAAGGAGUAAAGUUGAAAAAAGAAACUUUGGCGCUGCAGAAUUAUGAAGGUACAUUGUUGAGAAAUUACAAAAAUUAUAUGCGAAAACUCGAAAAGAUGACAAAGAUUUUGAUUCGAAAGAAAGGAGACACGCGAGUGGUGAAGGAACGAGAAGUCAAUUUAGGCGAAAUCGCAAUAUCGUGCAUGUGCGAACUUAUCACGACUCAUCCGUAUUUUAAUUACUCCGAUAACAUAGCCAAUUAUAUUAUUCCUUUCUUGGAUAAUAAGCGGAGUAGUGUAAGAGAAAGAGUAGCGCAAUGUAUUUCUCAAAUAUUCAAAGAAGAUAAACGUGGUCAACUGUCACUUACGAUAGUUCGAAAAUUAAAUCAGUACAUCAAGUCAAGAAAACAUUCCGUUCAUCCUGAAGUGAUAAAAGUGUUACAAUCCUUACGCUUGAAAGACGUUAAUCUUGAUAAGGAAAAGGAAGAUGAAAUGAAACAAAAAACGCUCAAGUCUCACAAACAGAGAAUCAUCGCGUUAAGCAAACGAGAAAAAAAGAAGAAUAAGAAACUGGAACAAGUGGAAAAAGAAUUGCUCGAAACAAAGGCUGAGGAAAAUAAGGAGACAAAACACAAGAUUCUCACGGAAAUAACGAGCAUAGUAUUUACCAUAUAUUUUCGAAUUCUGAAACAAGCUCCUAAUAGCAAAGUAUUAUCGACGUGUUUGGAAGGUUUAGCCAAAUUCGCACAUUGUAUCAAUAUCAAUUUUUACCAAGAUUUAAUAACUGCUAUAGAUAAGGUAAUAGAAGACGGUAAUUUGGGAUUGAGAGAGCAAUUGCAUUGCGUUCAGUGCAUAUUUGCUAUAUUUUCUGGCCAAGGUUCAGCACUGAAUAUCGAUGUGUACAGAUUUUACGUGCAUUUGUAUAAAAAUAUAUUAAAUGUCCAUUGCGGGAAAACACACGCGGAAAGUGAGAUUAUAUUGAAGACGCUGAUAAUGCUUCUUACACAUCAGCGAAAGAGAAUCGCGCACUCACGUUUGAUAGCCUUUGUGAAGAGAAUAAGCAUGUUGACGCUGCAAUCGCAACACAAUGCGGCGCUGAGCAUUCUCGGUAUUAUCAAGCAAAUUAUGCAACUCGAUAAAGCGUCUCAAAUCUUACUGGACACCGAUUGCGCCGCAGACGGUUAUUACCAGGCCGAAAUCGAAGAACCUGACUAUUGCAAUGCACAUUGCACCGCAUUGUGGGAGCUUGUUGCUUUGCAGCGUCACUAUCAUAGCGUCGUGAGAGAACUCGCUAGAAAUAUCGCGUACGAAGUGCCCACGAGUGGUGAAGGUAGUUUAUCUAUUGAAACCGCGAAGCUAACACCGGAGGAGCUUUAUACAGAAUAUGACCCGACUGGUGUGGCAUUCAAGCCUGCUGUACCCGUCCCAAAAAAAACUACUGCGGUUAAGAAAAAAUGUACGGACUGUAACUUAAGUCCUAUAUUCGAAGAAUAUAUUGGCACCAUCGACAUUGACAAGCACUUAAUUACAGACGAACAUGUGGAUUUUUAUAAAGACUAUAAAUGUAAUUUGUAUCAUAUACAAUAACAGAAGUACAUAUGUAUAUAUAUAUAUGUAGAAAAGAAGAAGUUUUUUCUAUCAGUAAAUUUU